CCUUAUAGUGAUGCUGGGCUUUUUAGCUUGGCCACACUUUCUUGGCUAAAUCCACUUCUUUCACUCGGUGCUAAACGGCCGCUUGAGCUUAAGGACAUUCCUCUUCUUGCACCAAAAGAUCGAGCCAAGAGCAAUUACAAGGUUUUGAAUUUUAAUUGGGAAAAAUUGAAGGCUGAAAGCCAGUCAGAGCAACCUUCUUUGGCUUGGGCACUUUGGAAGUCAUUCUGGAAGAAGCAGCUUGUAAUGGUGUAUUUGCUCUGUUGAACACUCUUGUUUCCUAUGUGGGCCCAUACAUGAUUAGUUACUUUGUUGAUUAUUUGGGAGGGCGGGAGACUUUCCCUCAUGAAGGUUAUGUUCUUGCUGGAAUCUUUUUUGCGUCAAAGCUCGUAGAGACAUUGACAACCCGACAGUGGUAUCUCGGGGUGGACAUUUUGGGUAUGCAUGUGAGAUCAGCUCUAACAGCGAUGGUAUACCGCAAGGGGCUGAAGCUUUCAAGCUUAGCUAAACAAAGUCAUACCAGUGGAGAAAUUGUUAAUUACAUGGCAGUUGAUGUUCAAAGAGUGGGAGACUAUUCUUGGUAUCUGCAUGACAUUUGGAUGCUUCCACUGCAAAUAAUUCUUGCUCUAGCGAUCCUAUAUAAAAAUGUUGGAAUUGCUUCCAUUGCCACAUUGAUUGCAACCAUUAUAUCCAUCGUUGCUACUGUUCCUCUAGCAAAGGUCCAAGAAGAUUAUCAAGACAAGUUAAUGGCUGCCAAAGAUGAAAGAAUGAGGAAGACUUCUGAGUGUCUAAGGAACAUGAGGAUUCUGAAACUACAAGCUUGGGAGGAUAGGUAUCGAGUUGGAUUGGAGGAGAUGAGAGGAGUGGAAUUCAUGUGGCUACGGAAAGCCCUCUAUUCUCAGGCCUUUGUUACAUUCAUUUUUUGGAGCUCCCCUAUAUUUGUUGCAGCUGUUACAUUUGCAACAUCAAUAUUGUUGGGAGGUCAACUCACAGCAGGCAGUGUUCUUUCUGCACUGGCCACUUUCAGAAUCCUUCAGGAACCACUCAGGAAUUUUCCAGACCUGGUGUCUAUGAUGGCGCAGACAAAGGUUUCUAUUGAUCGAAUUUCUGGGUUUCUGCAGGAGGAAGAACUGCAGGAAGAUGCCACCAUUGUUCUGCCCCGAGGCAUGUCAAAGGUGGCCAUAGAGAUUAAGGAUGGUGAAUUUGAUUGGGACCCCUCUUCUGCAAGGCCCACCUUAUCUGGAAUACAAAUGAAAGUAGAAAAUGGAAUGCGUGUGGCAGUUUGUGGCACAGUUGGAUCUGGGAAAUCAAGCUUUCUCUCUUGCAUCCUAGGGGAGAUACCUAAGAUAUCUGGGGAAGUUCAAGUGUGCGGUACAGCUGCCUAUGUCUCUCAGUCGGCUUGGAUACAAUCUGGAAAUAUUGAAGAGAACGUUCUUUUUGGUAGUCCAAUGGAUAAAGCAAAAUACAAGAGUGUUAUUAAUGCUUGUUCCUUGAAGAAGGAUUUUGAACUCUUUUCUCAUGGAGAUCAGACCAUAAUUGGAGAUAGGGGUAUAAAUCUGAGUGGCGGACAGAAACAACGCAUUCAGCUUGCAAGGGCUCUUUAUCAAGAUGCUGAUAUUUAUUUACUUGAUGACCCCUUCAGUGCUGUUGAUGCACACACUAGCUCAGAACUGUUCAAGGAAUACAUAAUGACAGCUCUGGCAAGUAAGACUGUUGUUUUUGUGACCCAUCAAGUUGAAUUUCUACCUACAGCAGAUUUGAUACUGGUUCUUAAGGAAGGUCAUAUCAUACAGGCAGGAAAAUAUGAUGAACUUCUACAGGCAGGGACUGAUUUUGAAACUCUUGUUUCCGCUCACCAUGAAGCAAUUGAAGCCAUGGAUAUUCCAACUCACUUUUCAGAAGACUCGGAUGAAAAUUUGCAGCUUGAUGGGAAAAAAGUAUUAACAAAGAAAAGUGAUUUGGCUGGAAAUAAUAUUGACAAUUUGGCAAAGAAAGUACAAGAUGGUGCAUCAGCUUCAGACACGAAAGCAAUUAAAGAGAAAAAGAAAGCAAAACGGAGAAAAAAUCAGCUUGUUCAAGAAGAGGAAAGGGUAAAAGGAAGAGUCAGCAUGAAGGUGUACUUGUCAUAUAUGGCGGCUGCAUAUAAAGGCCUUUUGGUACCACUUAUUGUUCUUGCACAAACAUUAUUCCAGUUCCUUCAAAUUGCUAGUAAUUGGUGGAUGGCAUGGGCAAACCCCCAGACCGAUGGAGAUCAAGCUAAAGUCAGUCCUAUGGUCCUCCUUGUUGUUUAUAUGGCCCUCGCUUUUGGGAGUUCUUGGUUUAUAUUUACUAGGGCUGUUCUGGUAGCCACAUUUGGUCUAGCAGCUGCACAAAAAUUGUUUAUCAAUAUGCUUAGAAGUGUGUUUCGAGCCCCAAUGUCUUUUUUCGAUUCAACUCCAGCUGGGCGGAUCUUAAAUCGUGUGUCUAUUGAUCAAAGUGUUGUGGAUCUUGAUAUUCCUUUUAGACUCGGUGGGUUUGCUUCAACAACAAUACAGCUUGUUGGAAUUAUUGGUGUGAUGACUAAAGUUACUUGGCAAGUUCUGCUGUUUGUUAUUCCAAUGGCUGUUGCUUGCUUGUGGAUGCAGAAAUACUACAUGGCUUCAUCGAGAGAACUGGUCCGCAUUGUUAGCAUCCAGAAAUCUCCAGUUAUUAAUCUGUUUGGUGAAUCAAUUGCUGGAGCGGCCAUGAUUAGAGGUUUUGGGCAAGAGAAAAGGUUCAUGAAGAGGAACCUUUAUCUUCUUGAUUGUUUCGCCCGCCCAUUCUUUUGCAGUCUUGCUGCUAUUGAGUGGCUCUGCCUGAGGAUGGAAUUACUUUCGACCUUUGUAUUUGCUUUUUGCAUGAUCUUGCUCGUGAGUUUUCCACAAGGAAGAAUUGAUCCGAGUAUGGCAGGCCUUGCUGUGACAUAUGGCCUUAACUUAAAUGCACGGUUAUCACGGUGGAUACUUAGUUUUUGCAAGCUCGAGAAUAAAAUUAUUUCCAUAGAGAGGAUUUAUCAGUACAGCCAAAUUCCAAGUGAAGCUCCUUCUGUUAUUGAAAACUCCCGCGCUCCGUCUUUGUGGCCGGAACAUGGAACAAUUGAAUUGCACGAUUUAAAGGUUCGCUAUGCUGAGAAUCUUCCUGUGGUGCUUCAUGGAGUAACCUGUGCAUUUCCUGGUGGCAAAAAGAUAGGAAUUGUUGGGCGUACUGGAAGUGGUAAAUCUACUUUGAUCCAAGCAUUAUUCCGAUUGAUUGAGCCAGCUGGUGGGAGAAUCAUUAUAGACAACAUCGACAUUUCCACAAUUGGGCUCCAUGACCUACGUAGCCGUCUUGGUAUCAUACCCCAAGAUCCUACAUUAUUUGAAGGAACUAUUAGAGACAAUCUUGAUCCUCUUGAAGAGCAUUCAGAUCAUGAAAUUUGGGAGGCUCUUGAGAAGUCUCAGCUCGGAGAUAUUGUGCGUGAGAAAGACCAAAAGCUUGAUGCACCAGUUUUAGAAAAUGGAGAUAACUGGAGUGUGGGGCAGCGGCAACUUGUUUCCCUGGGCAGGGCUUUGCUCAAACAGGCAAGAAUACUUGUGCUUGAUGAAGCAACAGCAUCAGUUGAUACUGCCACCGACAAUCUCAUUCAGAAGAUCAUCCGAACAGAGUUCAUGAACUGCACAGUUUGCACUAUUGCACAUCGUAUUCCAACCGUAAUCGACAGUGAUUUUGUUUUGGUGUUAAGUGAUGGUCGAGUUGCAGAGUUUGAUACCCCGGCACAUCUCUUGGAGGAUAAAUCAUCGAUGUUUCUGAAAUUAGUAACCGAGUAUUCCUCUAGAUCAAGCGGCAUACCGGAUUUCUGA